UAUAUUGUUCAUGGUCGCGUCACGGCAUUCGCUGAUAAACGCAGAAUUCCGCAUUUUGACAGCUGACCGAUUGUUCAAGUUAAAAUAUAACAAGAGAAAUUUUCUCCAUCCUAAAAAAGGAAUUUAAUCCAUCAUUACAAUUCUCAUUUCCCCCAAUUAAACAACAACAAAGAAGAUUAAAUAGUGCGCGAAUUAUAGUGCACAAACAAAGUAUAAGAAGAUCAUAAUUUUAUAAUACAUAAAAUAGCGAAUGUACUCGAGUGUCGACCGAAAACUGCCGGAAGACGAGGAAGAGGUGGAGGAGGACGCGUAGGUGGAGGCUAAAAUCCGUCCUCUCCUCUUCAGGAGUAUCUGUCAAUCGCGCAUUGUCCUAGCGAGUGGACAAUCCUUUUUCUACUUUUACUAUUAAUCAAAAAUAAUAAACGUACACAACAAGUCAACAACAACCAAAAAAAAAGUGAAGUGAUUUUAUUUAUAACCUCUAGGCGAGAAUUUUCAAAGUUUUUUGAAAAUGUCGAAUGAUUUUGCGAGUGAUUUUUAUCCGGAUACAAUUCGCAAGGAUACGGUCGGUGAUCUUUUGGGUGGGAAUUUCGAUGAUCAACCAUCAAUUCCAAAUGCGAGGGGACCAAUGAAACGUGAUCAAGAUUCGACAGAUGAUUUCGAGCAUCUUGAACAGGAAUUUUCAAUGCGUGAAUCGUCCCGGCCUCCGAACUUGGAGAUCGAUUCGAGUUCGACGAUCUCGCAUUGUCUUGAUGCAACUAAUGACGUAGUCGAAGCAACGAGGAAUCUUCUCGACACAAGUGUUCCUGCAUUCGAGCCGGAGUUACGUCCAGUGCCAGCGACUCCGCCACCAUCGGCCAAUUCAGACGAGAGUGACUCAAAAAUACCAAUGGAUCCAAAAAUCGCAUCAAUGGCUUUUAUGGCCAACGAGAGGGGUCUUGACAUUAAGGAAAAUGACGAUUUCCUCCCAAAGGACGAUCCACUUGGCAAAUUUGAUUUCGCUCCCUCGAAGGAUGACGAUCCACCAGCGAAAUCCGAAGACUUCCUCACGAAAGAGAUACCGGAGAUUUUGAAGCAAGACGUUUCGGAGAAGUACGAUUUUGAUAUUAUGAAAUCCCUGGAUGCGAAUGUGACGAAACGGGAUGUGAGAGAGUUUAAGGAUGAUGACGACGAGUCAUGGAAUUUGGUUGGGAAGAGUAAAUUCGACGAGGCCCCGACUAAACCACUUCCACCUGUGCCACAAUUUGAUAGUUUCGAUCCAUACAAAUCGUCUUCCGUUCAUCACGAUAAAUACGAAAUGUCCAGUGAAUUUUUAAACGACGAAGCAAUGAAGAAGGGAAAUGAAACUGGUGAUUCGGAGUUUGAAUCGGAACCGGAACCAUCACCGGUGCGAAGUAUCACUAACAAGACUGAGAUUCGUCAAGUCGAGGAUACAAGUAGACGUGCUCCUGAGGAGAAGAACAGGGAAAUCGAAGUCGUUGCUCCUGGUGAUAUCUUCGGCAGUCUAGGACUCGAUGCAUGGUUUAACCCAGAAAGACUGAAUCCAAAAGUGGCUGCUCUCAUUUAUUGGCGCGAUCCCAAAAAGUCUGGAAUCGUCUUUGGUGCAAUUCUAGGAGUGCUUCUAUCGCUGGCCUACUUCAGUUUGAUCAGCGUCCUCGCAUAUACAUCACUUCUCACUCUCACUGGCACUGUAGCUUUCCGUAUUUACAAAGCUGUGAUGCAGGCAGUUCAAAAAACAUCAGAUGGUCAUCCUUUUAAAAAUAUUUUAGAUCUGGAUUUAAAGUUACCAGCUGAGAAGGUGCACGAAGUCGCUGACGUUGCUGUCGCGAACGCAAAUGCCGCAGUUAGUGAACUUCGCAGGUUGUUCUUGGUUGAAGACUUGGUAGACACACUGAAAUUCGGUGGUGUUUUAUGGUGUUUAACCUAUCUUGGAUCUUGGUUCAAUGGAAUGACGCUCGUAAUUAUUGGAGUGGUGGCUCUUUUCACAUUGCCGAAAGUCUACGAAACGAAUAAGGCACAAAUCGACCAAAAUUUAGCUUUAGUCCAAACUAAAAUUAACGACAUCACAACCAAAGUAAAGGCCGCUAUUCCUCUGGGCAAGAAGGCUGAGCCUACGAAGGAGGAAUAAGCAAACGCUUUUUUCAAAAUAAAAAAAUAAAGCGUCGACAGCGAAGAGGAGAGGGAGGGGUGAAGAGAGCAAGAAAGUGUUCUAGAGAUGGCUUUUUUAGCAGCGAACCAAGAAAAUCGCUGAGAGUGCGUUUGAAGAAGGCAACGAAUACGAGACAUCGCGGUUGGUUUCGGCGAGUAAUUUUUAAAAAAACGAAUGGAAGAAUAAACAUAAUAAAAAAACACCCAGCGAAAAAGAUUUUUUCCCAAACAGAUAAAAUGUAUUUAACAAAAAAUCCAUCAACAAACUCUUUAAACUCAUCAUCCUGUGAACAUUUUUACUUACGAGGACAUUGACUCGAGUGAGAAUCAAGAUCCAAUUGAUCGAUAUCUAAUAUUUUCAUCAAAAUAUGUCUCUAAGAAAUAAACGGAAAAAGAAAAAUCAGUAAACAAAACGUAGCGUACAAUUUAAAGAAAAAAGAAACCGUUUUGCCAAUUAGCAAACGGUAAAAUAUUUGUAGUAAACUUAUAAGAGUCUGCAAUCAUUUAUAUUUUGCGGAAACGAUUUUGCAUUAUGAACUCAAAAUCCUUUCCUUUCCGAAAAAAAUUCAUUCCUUCUCCAGCAUCCUCCUUUCGACGAUACUCAUAAUCCUCAAAUCGAAAAAAGGCAUAUUUAAGGUACAUUGAACAAAAAAUGACCAUUUAAUCAAUUUGAAAUCAUCAAUUCUUAAUUAUCGAUAACAUUAAAAAAAAAUCAUUACUCAUCCCCUUUUUUUAAAUGUAGGACGCCGAGGUGUUCCGUUUUGUGGCCAACGCGAGAAUUGUCGGAUAGUCAGAAAAGAAGUGAGUGAGAUUCAUAAAUAGUUGAGAAAAUUUUUAAACGGAACACGAUAGGGAGUAAGCGCUUGACGGAGGUUGUUUCUUUUUUUUAUUGUUAGGUAUUAAGAUGUCGUCUAAUGUCCAGCGGUCCCUCGUGUUUUAGUUGUUAACUUAAAUAGAUAUUUAAUAUGAUAAAAAAAGAAAAGAAUAAAAAAAAAAAAUAAAAAUAAAGCGAAUAUACAAAAUGAAAAAUUGUCGUAUUUGUCUCUUAAAAAUGAUGUUGAUUGCGAAAUAUUGCUAUUAUAUUAUAUAAUAAUGAUUAUUGCAAUUAUACAUCUAUAAUAAAUUAUUAUUAUUAUUAAUUAUUAUUAUAUAAUUAUAUAAUAUAAAAAGCGACGUCGAAUUAUAAAUAGAAAACUUUAAUCGGUAAAUGAAAGUUGAGUCGUAAUGAGAAAAUAUACGAUGAAGAUGCAACUUUAUAUUAUAUUGUAACCUAAUAUCUAACUAUUAUUACCAAAUCACGUGUUUUUAUCGAGAGGGUGGUAAAAAUGUUAAGAAAAUCAGAAAAAAAUUGUAAUACCGCUUCUUGACGUUUUCAUUAUUGCAUCUGCAUUCGCACGAUUUAUUUAUAAAUAAAUGACAUUAAGAACA